UUUUAUCUUUGGUCACUCUAAAACAGAAAAACAGAAACGCAGCUGCAAAUUUUUUAAGAAGUUAUAAAAUCCACGCAUUGAACACCACAAGCACAACUUGAGAUGUCUUACCAGCUGUACCGCAACACCACUCUGGGCAACACCCUGCAGGAGAGCCUGGAUGAGUUGAUUCAGUAUGGUCAGAUCACGCCCAACUUGGCUUUCAAGGUGCUGCUGCAGUUCGACAAAAGCAUUAACAAUGCCCUAAACCAGAGGGUCAAGGCCCGGGUUACUUUCAAGGCAGGCAAACUGAAUACUUACCGCUUUUGCGACAAUGUCUGGACUCUGAUGCUUAACGAUGUGGAGUUCCGCGAGGUACACGAGUUUGUCAAGGUGGACAAGGUGAAAAUCGUGGCCUGCGAUGGCAAGAGCGGCGAGUUCUGAUCACUUAGAGAGUUUCCUGAAAACCAUUUACAUAGAAUUAAGGUUCUUAGCUGAUAAGAUGGCCGUGCCCUGACCGCCGACCGUGUGAUGUAGAAGAAGCAUUGCAAGAAAUACACUGUUAUUCAUAGUUCCAUUUGA